AUGGAACAAAGACGGCGGCCAGAGUACAACCUCGACAUCUUCGCGGAUGCUGCCUUUGUCAAGGAUGUCGUCAAGGCAAUCCUGCACACGAUUUUCUUUCACCGGUACUUUACCUCGAUAUCGCCCCUGACACGCGACCUGCUCGACCUGACGCUGCCCGCCAUCGACGAUGUCGACCUUGAGACGCUUAUCGAGCAGAAGACGUUUGCGCUCGUGCGCUCCAUAGACAGCACCCACCAGCCACGCGGACGAGGUCAGAUUGUCGUCCAGUUCUUUGAGAAGAAGCGGAGAAAGACGUACUUUUUCGGAAAGGCAGACGAAGACGUUUGCUGGGAGCAGUGGACGCUUGACGUGACUCUCGCCCAGCCCCGGACCGAGACUGAUGCCCUCAAGGUCCGUCGCGCAAUGACAAAGUCGCUGGAAAAGGCCGCGCACAAGAUCAUCGCCAUCGUCAACCGCGACAAAGACCACAUUCCUCCCAUCACCACCACCGACGCCAACCCCUUUCCCUACCAGAUUGUCGUCAACCCAAAGUCUGCUGAGAACGACUGGCGGCCCCGCAUCGGUCUCUUCUAA